AUACAUUCUUCUUUUUUUAUAUACAUAAAAUCACGUUAUUCCUCUAUCUUCUAUUCAUCAUAGACGUCGUCUUUGUCAAAAUCAGUUUUGGUUGGCUGCUACCCGCCGAAUUUGUACACAGAAAAAUAACAAUCGUAUAGGAAAGACGACGAUAUGUAUGAAUGUUGCUUCUAUAUUGGAAAAACAAAAUCGUACAUUCAAUGGCUUUUAUACGGAAGAAGUACGAGGGGAAAAUGGUAAUAGAAUAGGCUUUGAUAUUGUUCUAAUGAAGAAUAAAGAGAAGAGGAUACCUUUAGCACGUACAGAAAAUAGAUUAAGUCAGCAGCAAUUUUCCAAAUAUCGAGUGGGAAACUAUCAUGUCUUCGUUAAUAAUUUCGAAAAUUCUGUUUUGCCGGUGAUAAAAACUGAUAUGGAUAUAUUAGUGAUCGAUGAAAUUGGAAAAAUGGAAUUAUAUAGUAAGAAGUUUUAUGAUGAAGUAUUUAAUAUAUUUUUUGGUUCGUUAAAUAAGAAAACUUAUAUCGUUGCAACCAUACCACAAAUCCAUAAGGUACCACAACGUUUUCUGACCCUAUUUCAAAAACUACAUGAAGAUAAUAGAUCCAAGAUUAUAAAUGUUAAUCGUCAAAAUCGAAAUAAUCUGGCCAAUGAAAUAGUUUCUAUCAUAUCGUAAAUAUCUGUUUAAAAAAAAAAAAAACACAUAUUUUAUGUACAUUAUAAACAUCAUUUAUUAUUAACAAAACAAAAUAUUAGGUUAAAUAAAUUCUACCAAUCACAAUAAAUUUGUAAAAAAGUAGUCACAAAUAAUGUGACAAAAAGUGAUUGAUCAUAGGUCAUGCCAAAUCGCAUAUGUAUUAAUUUUUUUUUCUUUUUUUUUUUCUGAUAAUAUUCAUUGUUUCAUAAAAGAAACCACCAUUAUCCAGUAAAGAAUAAAUUAAUGAACUAAUAAAUAAGAAGAGUCCUGUCUUUAGAAUUUGACUUUUUACAUAUAAAUAUUUUAAUAUAAUCUUUUUUUUUAUCCAAAAUUUUUUUAGACCAUAUUUUUCAUUUGUGCGCAAAUAUAUUUCUCUUUAAUGAAUAAGGUGGUUCCAUCAAGGGUACAAAAUAGAAAUAUUCCUCCUGCGUCUUCUUGCUUUAAGCAAACAAAAAUUGCUGAUGCAUAAUGAGGCGUUGAUCUUAUCAUGGACAAGAAAACAUGAUAAAUAUGUUUGCAAGUUGAUUAAACAAGCAAACUUCUUUCAGUUUUGUACCCACCAAUAAUAUGCAUUCUUUACAUAUACUAUGAUACAGAAAAUUAUCUAGCUCCUAAAAAGAAUACAAUAGUUAUUGUUGCAGAGAAGUAUAAGUUGCUCUUAUCUUCUUUUCGGUAUCAAAUAUAUUAUACACACUUUGAUUGGGCUACUCGUAUUCAGUUAUCAUUAUUUAUUUAUUUUUCAAUAAUAUACCUAAGUUGUUCCACUAGCACAUGAAUUUUAGUAACGAGUUAGCAUAUAUCAUUGGCCUUACAUUUGGAUGAGGCUAAAAAAAAAGAACACACACAUGAAAGAAUUUUUAAAGUCUUGUUUUAGUAUCAUCUUUAUAAAAAUAAAAGAAAUAAAAAAAA